GUCGGAAAGACCCAAGGUGGGACGCAGUCAGACAGUCGGACAGGUGGUCAAGAGGCAGACAUGAGCCGGGGAUACAAGAGCAGAUGGGCGCUUUUGGUCGUAGCUUCGGGUCGUAACGUCUUGAUGAAUUGAAACUGAAUGCAUUUGGCGCAUACAUCUCCUGUGAGUUGUCAUGAUGAGAAAGAGCAGCAGCAAAAAUAAGCAAGGCAUUCUCAGAAACUCAGGCAGCUUGACACCACUUUAUUUUAUUCCGCCUCAGCUGAUAGAGUUGCAAAAGAUAAGUAAUUUGUCUGUAUAACAACCUAUUCUGUAUAAAUGGCAUGCACUUAUCAAAUUGCUGACUUAUGUAAGAUCUUUUUAGCAGUAAUUAUAAUUGAAUGAAGGGAAGUUGUCUUCAUCUAUCAUCAUCUAUGCCAAACCAAUUAGCUUUGGAGAUAAUCACAUUAUUCAAAUGCAUUUACUGAAUGUAAAGUACAUUUACUCAUUUGACAAAGACACAGAAUACAAUUAGUGUAAGUGAUGGUCACUUUAAUAAUGUGGUGUGGUUAUAUUGCAAUGAAUGAAGUAAACAUCAUACAUUGAAUGUAUGAAUAAAAGUGUAUCACUGACGAUCAAACGCUUGGUGAUAUUAUUGUAUAAUAUUCCAGAAAUGCAAAAUUGAUUUGAUAAAUUCUCCGGCAGAGGGUGAGUAAAGGGGCAGUGCGAGGCCAUGAGAUGAAGGAGAGCAGAUGAUGGAUCUGUGGGUGGUGUCACACGUGUAGUGAGGAGCAAUGAUCAGGGAGCCAUGAUGAUGCGGCAUGUCGUGCCCAAACCCCGGAGGCAGGUUUUACGGGGGGCUGGUUACCUGUAUCGUGCUGAAUCCUCCUUCUGCCUUUCCAUGGCAGAGGAGCUUUUCUUAGAUGCUGCAGAAUAUGGAAACAUUCCUGAAGUAAGGCGGAUGUUAGAGGAGCAGCAGGACCUCAACAUCAACUGUGUUAACUACAUGGGCCAAAAUGCAUUGCAGCUGGCAGUUGCCAAUGAGCAUUUUGAAGUAACUAAGCUCUUGCUGAGGAGGAAAGACCUGGCUAGAAUUGGAGAUGCUCUGCUGUUAGCCAUCAGUAAAGGCUACAUCCGUAUAGUGGAGGCUUUACUGAGCCAUGAGGCCUUCGCAGAUGGGCAGAGGCUGACUAACAGUCCCAGCCAGGUGGACACACAUGAUGACUUCUUCGCCUAUGACGAGGAUGGCACACGUUUCUCUCACGACAUCACCCCCAUCAUACUGGCUUCCCAGUGCCACGAGUAUGAAAUUGUGCAUAUACUUCUUAUGAAGGGGGCCCAUGUAGAACGGCCACAUGACUACUUCUGCCAGUGCAGUACCUGCAGCGAGCAUCAGAGACACGACCCAUUCAGACAUUCACAAUCCCGCAUCAAUGCAUAUAAAUGUCUGGCCAGUCCUGCUUAUCUGUCCCUUUCCAAUGAAGACCCGGUGAUGGCGGCAUUGGAGAUGAGCAAUGAGCUUGAAGUUCUAUCCAAUAUUGAGAAAGAGUUCAAGAAUGAUUACAAGAAGCUAUCCAUGCAGUGUAAAGACUUUGUGGUGGGACUGCUGGAUUUGUGUCGUAACACAGAGGAAGUAAAGGCCAUCUUAAACGGGGACACCGAAUCCAGUCAAAGCCCAGAGACCUUGGGCCGACAAAACCUUAUCAGGUUAAAACUUGCAAUAAAAUAUGAAGUUAAAAAGUUUGUGGCGCAUCCAAACUGCCAACAGCAACUCCUUUCUAUCUGGUACGAGAACUUGUCCGGACUACGUCAGCAGACCACUGCAGUUAAAAUCCUACUUGUUCUUGGUGUAGCAUUUGGAUUGCCAAUCCUGUCUUUUUUGUACUGGAUAGCACCAUCAAGUAAGUUAGGGAAACUCAUGCGUGGACCUUUCCUGAAGUUUGUGGCCCAUGCAGCUUCCUUUAUGAUAUUUCUUUGCCUACUGAUCCUGAACGCAGCAGACCGCUUUGGGGGAACAGCGCUUCUGCCUAACAUGACCACCCACGAUCACCCCUCUCAACUGUUUCGUAUGAAGACCACCCCCUUCACCUGGAUGGAGAUUCUCAUCAUAUCCUGGGUCAUAGGAAAGAUCUGGGAAGAAUGUAAAGGCAUUUGGUCGCAGGACAUCAGGGAAUACAUCUCAGAGCCCUGGAACCUUCUUGACUUUAGUAUCUUGGCCAUUUUUAUGACCUCUUUCAUUGCCAGACUUAUGGCGUUCUGGCAUGCAUAUUCUGCCCAGUGUUAUGUUGACAAGCACUACACUGACCUGUCCAACAUGACCUUGCCAUUUGAGAUACAGUAUUUCCAGCUGGCUCGAAUCAACUGGAUGCCCUCGGACCCACAGCUCAUCUCUGAAGGCCUCUAUGCAAUUGCAGUUGUGCUGAGUUUCUCUCGCAUUGCGUACAUCCUGCCUGCCAAUGAGAGCUUUGGGCCUUUACAGAUCUCUCUAGGAAGAACAGUUAAAGACAUUUUUAAGUUCAUGGUGAUUUUCAUAACGGUUUUUGUGGCUUUCAUGGUGGGAAUGUUCAAUCUGUACUCGUACUACCUCGGAGCCAAACACAAUGAUGCCUUCACAACGCUUGAAGAGAGUUUCAAAACGCUGUUUUGGGCUAUCUUUGGCUUGUCAGAAGUGAAAUCAGUGGUCAUCAACAUCGACCAUAAGUUCAUUGAGAAUAUUGGCUAUGUUCUGUACGGGGUUUACAACAUCAUCAUGGUGAUUGUCCUGCUGAAUAUGCUCAUUGCCAUGUUCAACAGCUCCUUCCAAGAAAUUGAGGAUGAUUCUGAUGUUGAGUGGAAGUUUGCCAGAGCUAAGCUGUGGUUCUCGUACUUUGAGCACGGCGGCACACUGUCUGUGCCCUUCAACCUCGUGCCAAGCCCCAAGUCUGUAAUUUCCCUCUUGCUAGGGAUAAGGGAAUUUCUUUGGGAUAUACCUAAAGGCAAAAUAAAAGGAAAUUCAAAUGAUGAGAUGGAGCUUAAUAAGUUGAGGCAACAGUCAGAUCUGAGUGUGGCUGCAUCGCUUUGUCCAACCCGUCACCAAAGUAUAAUGAAUCGCCUCGUCAAAAGAUACAUAGUUAAAGCACAGCGAGAUAGAGAAAAUGACGAAGUUAACGAAGGUGAGCUGAAAGAAAUCAAACAGGAUAUCUCCAGUCUCCGCUAUGAGCUGCUGGAAAGGGCAAACCAAGACAUGGAGACAGUGACAAAGCUUAUCAGGCAACUGGGAGAAGUCAUGCCUGUUCAGCAGAAAGAAGAGCAGAAGAAUGAGAUGUCUUUACUUUAUUGAAAUAUGUAAAGACUGUGUUUACUGGCUGAAGUCUUCUCAAUGUCAAUGUUAAGUCUUCUAAAUUAGGCAUUCACUCUGGGUCAAAGAGGUCAAAGGGCUCUUAGACAGAUUUUUGGACGUAAACAACAGACAGAAAAGGAUAUUCUGUACUUAAAGUAUGAAGAAAUCUAUUUAAUUUCCCCUUUUGUGUAAAUUGAGCCUUUUGGGAGGAAACUCGCCAAAUCUUCUUCGUCCCUGUCCUUUUAUCCGUACAGUUAAUCACACUGUGGCACUAAUGUAACUUGUUUCUUCUUGCACAGGCUAUUUUACACUAUUAUGCAAUACUGACUGCUAACAUAUGAUGGUGCUGCCUGUUACCAGCUGUAGCCAAGCUGCAACAAAAAAAGAAGCGUAUGUUUGUGGCAGGGUUAUAAGUCAUAUGUGAAAGCUUGAUUAUUAUUAUUGAUAAUAAUACUGCUCUUUCCUCUGAGAAUUACCGUUUUGGUUUUUUAUCCCUGUAAUGUAAUCUUUAAAUCAAUAAGCAGGAUGCUGAUGUUUAUUCUCUGGAAAUGAACUUUAAGAUGUUUUAAUGUAGUGUUCAUGAAAUGUUGAUCACUUAAGCAUACUAUUAAAUAAUUGAAUUUGCA